UGUGAACCAUGUGACGUGUGUUUACAUCCUCUCAGCUGUUCCUCGAGAAAAAACAGCGCUGCUUCUUUCAACGCCGUGAAAAUCUAUACAUCACACAGCAACAACAGCGCUCAAAAACACCGGCUCUAAUGUGCAUCCAGUCUGUUUGGCUCGUGCAAAGCCUGAGCCCGAUUCAUGGCUUUACAAAGAUCUUGGCGUAGCUGAGAAUGGUCUGAGGUGAUUUGUGUGGGACACAGGCAUCACGAUUGGGGAUCCCUGUGGAGAAACGCUCCAGCAUUUCAUCUGGAUGUGAGGACCGCUCUAGUUAUCCGUCUCGCACCUCCUCUGCAUCUUUUCUUUAUUUAUUUUUUUGGUUUUUUUCUUUUCUGGCUGUGAGGGGAAUAUGGGGGGAGCAGUCAGCGCUGGCGAGGACAACGAUGAUUUGAUAGACAACCUGAAGGAAGCCCAGUAUAUCCGCACGGAGCGCGUGGAGCAGGCCUUUAGAGCUAUAGACCGUGGAGAUUACUACCUGGAGGGAUACAGAGACAAUGCCUACAAGGAUCUGGCGUGGAAGCAUGGGAAUAUACAUCUGUCGGCGCCGUGCAUCUAUUCUGAAGUGAUGGAGGCGCUGAAACUGCAGCAGGGCUUGUCUUUUCUAAACCUUGGCAGUGGCACUGGAUACCUGAGCACCAUGGUGGGCCUCAUCAUAGGUCCAUUUGGAGUAAAUCAUGGUGUGGAGCUUCAUAAGGAUGUUGUGGAGUACGCAAACGAAAGACUGGAUGACUUCAUCAAAAACAGCGACAGCUUUGACAGGUUUGAGUUCUGCGAGCCACACUUUGUGGUGGGCAACUGCCUGGAGAUUUCCUCAGACAGUCAUCAGUACGACCGCAUUUACUGCGGCGCUGGAGUUCAGAAGGACCAUGAGAACUACAUGAAGAUCCUGCUCAAAGUCGGAGGGAUUCUGGUCAUGCCAAUAGAGGAUCAGCUCACUCAGAUCAUCAGGACGGGUCAGAGCUCAUGGGAGAGUAAGAAUAUUCUGGCUGUGUCGUUUGCUCCUCUGGUUCAGCAGAACAGGACAGACAGCAACAAAUCUGAAGCCGUGGUGCUCCCGGCUCUGAGUGUGCGGAGUCUUCAAGACCUGUCCCGAAUCUACAUCCGCCGCACGCUGCGCAGCCUGACCAACGAAGAGAACCCAAACCGCACCAACACUCCGCGAGCUUCUCAGAAGCGCAAGCGCAGACGCUGUCGUCGCCGCCGCCGCCGCAUCAACACAUACGUGUUCGUGGGCAACCAGCUGAUCCCGCAGCCCCUCGACAGCGAAGAAGACGAGUGCAUCGAGGAGGAGAGCAAAGACGAGGAGCAGGAGAAAGACAUUGAGCCCAUCAAACCCGAAGAGCCGCAGGUCAACCACCUGAGAGACAAAAUCUUGAGUCUGCCGCUGCCCGAGUCGCUCAAAGCCUACCUGCUGUACUACCGCAAGAAAUAAAGUCUCUUCACUCUUUUCUUUGUUUUUUUUUUUGUUGUUUUUUUGAUAAUGUAGCAUAAUUUAAACAUUUAAAAAUGGGGUUUGGGCUGAAUUUUUAUUAUUUCAUGUUUCUUUUUCCCCAAAAGAGACUUGAUUGUGCUUGCUGUGUUUGUUCUACAUAGUAAUAUUCACAUUUUUGAAUGUGAUGAUUUUUUUUCCCCACUGCUGAGGACCUCGGGAGGGCUUAGAAGCUUGUUUGUUUUCUGAAGAGUUGCUUUAAUGUGAUGGAAGCUAUUUUUUCACUGGCUUGUAUUGUUGUAAGACCAGCCUGUUUGAUGAGUCCAAUAAUGACAGUUUUCUUUCUUUUAAGUUGUAGGAAGAAUGAAAAACUCGAGUCAUUAUUUUUGGGACUGAUGUAUGCCUUUGAUUCCCUUUGGGUUUAUUUUGCUGUUAAUGCUUUGGGUAUCUCUUUGAACUGUUUUAGUGAAUUUCCAUCUAGAGAUGAUUGUUUUGGCCUGUUAUCUGAUUUUUUUUUUUUUACAUUCUAGGCACAUUUAUAAGUACUGAUAUUGAGAUGUCUCUUAAUCGAUGAUGUACUUUUUUUUUUCUUGGUUGUUUCUUUCAUCUGCGAGUCGACCUGAAGACCUAACGCUCCACAUUCUGCUUGUGAUCAUUGAGAUGUAAGAGACGUCACUGUUUGUGUCGGUUUGUAAUCGGUGAUUUCACGCUGUCGUAACAACUUGUUUGCAAUAUAUUGUCAGCAUAUGAAAUCUUUGGCUUAAUUUCAGUUAUUCAAUUGAUUGUAAAUGAUUUUCUUAUAUUAAAUGGAAUCUAAUCACA